AUGCUGGCCGAUUCAAUUGAACCACAGGUGCCCUUCAAAGAGAAAACAAAGGUGGAGUCACUUACUUUAGAGGUAGUCCGUGCAACUGGUGGUGAAGAGGAGGACGGAGAGGAUGGUGAUGAUGGUGAUGAUGUAGAUGGUGGAGAGGGUGACGACGAUGAUACGUGCUCCACAUCCACUACCACAACAACCACAACAACAACAACAACAACAACAACUUCAACAGCGCCUACAGCAUCUCUUUCCUUCACAGGCACACACGAGAAGAUAGGAUUGCAGUUAAACGGAAACUUGAUAUGUCUGGGUGAUUCCAACAGGAAUGACAAGGCAAUGCACCACGCGGGAGGAUUUAUAUGCUUCCAUCACAAGGAGUUGAGAGACCUAUUGUUUGAGAACGUUGAUGAUGUGUUGGUCAAUCAGAUGCUCUACUUUGAUGGCCAAACCGCUAUAGACCCAGAGGUCAAAGAUUUGAAGCAAAGGUCAGAGGCUAAACCUACUGUCUCUAUCUUCAGUUUGUACGAGAAACAGAACAACAAACGGGUUUGCGCCAAAGACAAUAAGAGAACUAACUUGGAGGUUGUGGAUGAUGUGGUGGAUGAUGAUGAGGACACUAGAACACCACCAACAAGUCGUGGAAAAAAGAGAGGCAAAAAAUAA